AUGUUCUUCACUACCAAAGUGAUCGCUGCCCUGAUGAGCGCCUCCAUGGUCAACGCCCACAUGAUUAUGAACACUCCCACUCCUUACAGCAAGGACAGUCUCAACAACUCGCCUCUGGCAGCAGACGGCAGUGACUUCCCUUGCAAGCUUCGUGACAACGCCUUCGAGGCCCCCUCCACCGAGACAAUCCUCGCCAUCGGCGAAUCUCACCCUCUGGCUUUCACCGGUAGCGCCACCCACGGCGGUGGUUCCUGCCAGAUCAGUCUGACCACCGACCUAAAGCCCUCCAAGUCCUCCGAGUGGAAAGUCAUCAAGUCCUUCGAGGGUGGCUGCCCCGCCAAUGUCGACGGCAACAUGUCUGGCGGUCCCGACGUCGCCGAUCCCUACACUUUCAACUUCACCAUUCCCGAUGGUAUCUCUGCUGGCAAAUACACCCUCGCCUGGACUUGGUUCAACCGCAUCGGCGACCGCGAAAUGUACAUGAACUGCGCCCCAAUCACUGUCUCGGGUGGCUCCUCCAAGCGCUCCCCCGAGGAACUCGAGAGACGCGCUGCUAGCUUCCCGCCCAUGUUCGUCGCAAACGUCAAUGGCUGCACUACCCCGGACAAUGUUGAUAUCCGCUUCCCUCAGCCAGGCGACUAUGUCGAGUAUGACGGUGAACCCGCCAACCUCGCCAAGGAGGGCUCCGAGGCUUGCACCGGUACCGCUACCUUCGGUGGCUCCGGUGACACUACCUCUAGCUCUAGCUCAGACUCUGCUUCCAACUCAUCUGGUUCCGCUUCCGGCUCUGCCUCUUCUGGCUCUGUGUCAUCUGGCUCUGCUUCCUCUGCUUCUCCAGCUGCCUCCGUAGAGAGCGCCUCCGUCGCAGCCGCCUUGGCAUCCGCGGCCCCAAUCCCAGAAGCUAUUCCAUCAAGUGCACUUGCCGAUCCCGAGCCCACGUCCUCUUCAGCAGCUUCCCCAGCUCCCGCGACGACCUCUUCGCCCUCUAGCUCUGGAUCCGCCUCCAGCUCGAGCUCCGGUGCCCUGACAGGUAGCUGCAGUACCGAGGGCCAGUGGAACUGCAUAUCAGGCACCUCUUUCCAGCGCUGUGCUUCUGGCACCUGGUCCGCCGCUCAGCAGAUGUCGACCGGCACGCAGUGCAGUGCUGGUCAGAGCGCGGAGCUUGUUGUCACUGCCAGCAAGAAGGCGCGUCAUAUCUCGAGUAUGCGCUUCCGCAACCGUGCCUUCGGUGCUCACCACGCCCACGCCCUUAGUUAG